UAAACACAUCUGUACCGUCCAAUGCUACCCAUAGAAUGAUCUUCACCGACUUUGCCCUUUCCAUUAUUAAAAAUAAAAAUAAAAAUAAAAUGUAGAAAAUUCUAAAGCGAAGGUUAUUUUACGGAUAAGCAUGAUUGCUCUUUUUCUAUUCGAAUAGCAUCCGAAGUGUCAACAAACAAAUUCUGCAGCAUUGGAACGAACAGCCGGAGAAACCAAAUUGGAAGAAUUAGAGAUUGAAAAUGUCCAGCGUGGGUCAAGAGGAAGAUAAGAAACCGGCCGAUUCUCCGGCGCACAUUAAUGUUAAAGAAGGGAAUGAGGUUUUUUUUAGGAUUAAGAAAACCUCACAAUUAAAGAAGCUCAUGGAAACUUACUGUGAUCGUCAAUCUGUGGAUGUCAACGCAAUUGCAUUCUUAUUUGAUGGUCGUCGCCUCCGACCAGAGCAAACUCCAGACGAGCUCGAAAUGGAGGAUGGAGACGAGAUUGAUGCAAUGCUGCACCAGACCGGAGGUGCUGCACAAUUAGAUUAGAAUGAAUGCUUUUGGUGUAUGGGACUUGUAACAAAAGUUUCUGUUAAUUUUGGGAAGGAACGCUUAUGGGAUAAUAAUGUGAAACUUCUAAGAAAAUUAUAUGAAUAAGCUUCAAAAUUUGAGUACA